AUGUCCAUGUCACACAAUGAGUUUCCCCCGCGCGUCGACCUCCUCAAGUUGAUGGCUCAGGAUCCGCUUCCCCUGCUCGCCUCUGGAAUGAUAGAUCCGGGUUCAAUGGCAGGUGAUGAACCAAUUAAGCAAGCUCAAGUUGUAUUGGAUAAUUUGAACAGCGCGCUGGCCAGAAAUGAUGCGGAGGCGCUCAAAGACUGCUUCUUCAAGGACCAGGCAUACUGGAAGGAUCAGCUAGCACUAACGUACCAUCUGCGGACAUUCAAAACACCAGACAUAAUUGCCGCCAGUCUGCUGGAUACCAACAAGCUGAGGGCCAUCAAGGAAGAUAUAACGGUCGACGGCGAGGCUGUAUUUCUCCCGGCGACACCAGUUCUUCAAUUCAUUGACUGUGGAAUUGCCUUCCAAACUAGCUCGCCAGCCGCCACUUGCAAAGGAAAGGUGGUGCUCUUGCCGGUCAAGGGCGCCAACGAGACAGUCGAGUGGAAGAUCUGGGUCCUGAGUACUAUUUUGAAAGAGCUGAACUUGCAGAAAGAGAAUGAGACCUUACUUCUUUCUCCCGGCAGACAACUCGGUGGCAUUGAGAGCUUUGAGACUGAUGUUUUCAUAAUUGGAGGCGGAAAUGCGUAA